AUGGAGCUUCAAGAAGGCGCCUCGAAUAUCUCCAAAGCGAAGGAGGCUAGUGACAACCGAGAGUCCCGGAAGCGAGCUUCUCGGACUGGCCGAACAGCGCGCACUCGUCCGCCUAGUGUCCCCAAAAGGAAAGUCCGGCAAGCGGGCACGGGAGUAGCAUCAGAGGCCAUGCAGGGGGCCGCUGCAGCAGCGGCUACACGAGGUGCCACAGCAUCAGGUGCUACGGGAGCUACGGCAGCCGGGAAGGCCCCUCGAACUCCUGUAGGAGGCACCACUUCUACGUCAACGGCUCCAGAUGCGAAGGAAGACGAGCGCAUGACGGAGGGGGUUGCUGAGUCUGCUCUGGAGACGGGUUCCAAGGAGGCCGCCAAUGACUCCCUCCUCGAAUCGCCGCCCUCACUCAAGCCGAGUUCGAACCCGAACUCGAAGAGGAGAGCAAUUAUAUGGCGAGCUGCAUUCGUGGCGGUCCUGUUGGCGGUGGUGCUGAUGGGUUUUCGGCGUCUCUUGCGGCCUCGAUUGCCUGUUCGGAUAGGGCCUGCGUUAACAUCGAAUGCCAAGGAGGUGCAGAUGUACGAGAAGGCUGUUCGACAGGCAACAGGCGAGUUGAAACGGCUUUGGAACCGAGUCUCGCCGGAGGUCCGACAGUCUUUCUACGUGCACUACUCCCCAAAGGUCUACGGCUCUUCAUCCCUUACGUCGCCUGUGGAGUUGUAUGAGCGCCAGGUGAAGAAAGUAUGCGAGAAUGAACGUCCGCCGUCUGGGGCCUCUGCCCAAGAGUACGGGCAGUACGCAUACCGGCUGCAGGUUACGCGAGUGGUGCUGAAAGCCGCGUUUGCUCGUCUGUCGCAGCUGCAAACGUUUGAGGAAUUCCUCCUUUCCACACGAGGUAGCGAAGAAGAUCGAUACUCCGUGCAGCCCCCCGUGUUGCCUGGUGUGGGUCUGAAUUCCUCGGAUGAGGAGCUGCUGAGUUUCCGAGACUUUCUCGACCUCCUGGGCUCCCACAGAGCCGCCUUUCCUGUUUUCCCUGACGCCACUGCUAGAAAACCAGCGGUGCCCAUCGCUCUGGCGCAGGGCCUCGCCAGGGCGGUGCAGACUGCCGACUUCCAGACGGAAAUGGACGCGAAGGUGCACAGGGCGUUCCACGAGCUGCUGCUCGUCACGGGCACGUCGCUGCCAUGCGGGUCCUUGCAGCCUUUGGAGGAGUUUGCGAAGCAGGGGCCGCUCUUUGUGGAGCCACAACGCCCCUUUUUCCCCGUCUCCUUUUUCUCUCAUCUCCUUGCGGCCUUCGGCAGAGAGCGCAGCUAUCAAACAUUGACAGACGAUGCCUUGUCUACCUGGGCGUACCAGUGGACCUAUGAAGGCGCCUCCCAGCGGCUCGCCGAAAUCGGAGAACGCAUGCGUUCCAGCGCUACUCUUGCUGCUGCAGUGAAGGUGGCGCUGGUUAGCCGCUGGGCCCUACAGCAGCCCCACGACCCUACAGCCUCAACGGACUUAGUCUGUCUCGCAUUCUCUCUCCUCUAG